AUGACUGUCGCCGCCGAGUUGACCCAUCGCGCCUCGUCCCAGGGCCAGCUGGCUCUGGAGGAUCGGUUUGAAGUCCUCAAGGAAAUUGGAGAUGGAAGCUUCGGAAGCGUCGUUUUGGCGCGUGUCAGAACUGCUGGGGCCAAUGUAGCUCGACGAGGUUCAGUGGUUGCAAUCAAGUCCAUGAAGAAGACAUUUGAUUCUCUCACUCCUUGUCUGGAGUUGCGCGAGGUGGUUUUUCUGAGAACCAUCCCAAACCACCCACACCUUGUCCCAGCCCUGGACAUUUUCCUGGACCCCUACAGCAAGAAGUUGCACAUUGCCAUGGAGUACAUGGAGGGCAACUUGUAUCAACUAAUGAAGGCCAGAGACCACAAGUGUCUUGAUAAUGCUAGCGUCAAAAGUGUUUUGUUCCAGAUCAUGCGUGGACUGGAACACAUUCAUUCUCACAACUUCUUCCACCGAGAUAUCAAACCGGAAAAUAUUCUUGUCUCAACGUCAUCUCACCAGGAGUCAUCAAAUUCGUUCAGAAGAUAUUCAGCCCUUGUCACACCCCCGUCAACACCUCCCAACUACACCGUCAAGCUCGCCGAUUUUGGCCUGGCCAGAGAAACUCACUCAAAACUUCCCUAUACGACAUAUGUAUCCACAAGAUGGUACCGUGCACCCGAGGUCCUGCUACGCGCCGGAGAGUACUCAGCUCCCGUAGAUAUCUGGGCGGUUGGUGCAAUGGCUGUUGAAGUUGCCACCUUGAAACCGCUUUUCCCUGGUGGAAACGAGGUUGAUCAGGUCUGGCGGGUUUGCGAGAUCAUGGGCAGCCCUGGGAACUGGUAUAAUAAAGCUGGUGUUCGAGUUGGUGGAGGCGACUGGCGAGAGGGGACCCGCCUUGCCAGCAAGCUGGGCUUCUCGUUCCCUAAGAUGGCGCCGCAUGCCAUGGAUACUAUCCUUCAAGCUCCUCAGUGGCCUGCCUCACUCAGCAACUUCGUCACUUGGUGCUUGAUGUGGGACCCCAAGAACCGACCUACGUCCUCGCAAGCCCUAAUGCAUGAAUACUUUCACGAUGCAGUUGAUCCUACGAGACCCAAGUCGUCUGCCUCCAAGAUGCUGGGCAGGAAGCAGUCUGACCUUGGCCGAACUGUCAAGGAAUCUCCCAGCACCUCGCAAAUCACCACCAAACAGUCUUGGUUUCGCAAGUCACUCAUUGGCCGAAGUGACGCUCCUGAAUCAGCAACGACCCAAACAUCCAGCAAGGACACAGUCGUUCCUAGGCCGUCCCCAGUCUCUGUUGCGCCUACCGUUGAGGUUCCUGUUGCCAAGGCACGAGCCCCUGCUGCGAAGCGCAGCACUUGGACGAAUGGGCUUUCCAACGCGGCCCCGAUGCCCAUUCUGCCCACUAUUCGACCAAUUUCGCCCCUCUCCGAUGCCGUCACUGCCCGUGCCAAUAAUGGACACAGUGAGGUAAAGGGUGAGAAGUCCAAGAAACUUGGCCGCCAGCUCUCUGUUGCUUCUAGUACCAAUGGCUACGCUGAGAUGCAUCGCCAGCAAGCUGAGCGGGCCCUCAACGGCGAAACGGGCCUCGCCUCGCCACCAGGCGGUCAAAAGGAAAGCUUCUUCUCACAUCUCCGUAAGCGGGCGAGACGUUUCUCAGGAAGGCAUCAGACACCUGUGUCGCCUUCAUAUGAAGACAUGGAGGCUCAGAUCGGCUGCGGCCCUUGGGCAAGCAAUAGGUCGUCAAUGGUUGUCGAUCAGCAAGGAGGUCCCAUCCCCAAGGCGGAGGUGUAUGAGUCUCUGGAUAAAGCUCUCCGGGACGUGCAGGGAAAUUUGGACUCCCGAUCUGCACUGCCCGCCAGUCACCAACCUACUUCCAACAGUAAACUCAAGAGACACCAUUCUUUGCCACAUCAACAGCCUAGGUCCGUGGAUAAUCUGAUCGGGGCUGCUCGUGCCGGGCCAAUCUCGAGUCGCACGAGGCGAGCGCAAGCAGCUCAUGGUGUACAACAGUACGAGGUUCCAGACGAGGAGGAUGAGCUCCUCGAUGAAGCGCUAACGUCUGCUCGACGGGCAAUGCGACGCAUGGACGGGACUUCCAAGCCUCUGAGGCAAUCUGCCAGCAAUCUCGGCCUAGCAAGCCCCCAUCCGUAUCCAAGCCCCUCGCCAUCUGCAAGCGGCAGCCAGGUUCUCUAUGGAGAUGGCCAUGAGGCGCUGACUCCCAAACCUCUGGACCUCAGCAAGAAGUCCGAUAACCAGUACAAGUGGCCAACUCCCCCAUACGAAGGAAGCGAAUGGGCGGCGUCUGCUUCGGCCAGUAUAUGGGCUGCUGGCAACAGAUUCUAA